AUGAGUGCCUCCUCGGACGAACCCGCAACGAAGCGCCGAAGGGUUCGCAAAGGUACACACAGCUGCUGGGAAUGUAGACGGAGAAAAGUCAAACGUACUUUUUCAUCGCCGGAUGAUGCAAUCUGCAUAACUUGCCAUCGCCGAGGCACAAAAUGCAUCAACCAAGUGAUCUUGGACGGACUGGAAAUGGCCGAGAGCAGUAGAGGAGAUGCCGAGCAAGAUGCUACUAUUAAUACACGACGGUUGGGCGAGAAAGGCGUCCGUUCUCAACCAGAUGAUAUUGUUAGCUGUUCACCACCGACUACCUUUCCAACAACACAAACAACACCGGCAUCGUCAGUGCACGGCAAACGAAACAUCGUGUCGAGUCACUUACGGACCGAGAAAUCACCAACCCAACUUACGAUACCUCAGUUGGCACCAACACCAGAGUCCAGUCAUGACUCGGUCUGCGAGGCUUCCGCAUAUCCCAGCAUCACUCAAGCUCUCCGGAGCUCCCUCCCUCCUCGGAAAGAUAUUGGAAUUCUGCUCGAAAAUCUCAGCAGCAUGUCCAUCUUUUGUUAUCAAUCCAGCUUCAAGCGAUGCAGCGCGUUGCCGAGCGAAAUGGCCAAAGAACAAAUACCAGUAGCCAAUAUAUUAUAUUCAGAAAGCCACCCCGUCUUGUUGGCAAGACAAAUGCUGCUUUUCGCAGUAGGGUUGCAACACCUCCCUCCUAAAAAAGCGAUACCUAGCCUCACCAAGCCUCAUCGCGCCAUCAUGGAGCAGGUAGCAGAAUCAGCGAUCAAGCUGGUGAACACGAAUGACCUCUUGCUGGGCACUUUGGAAGGUCUCGAAAAUCUCAUCCUUGAAGGCUUCUACCACAUAGAUGGCGGCAACAUCAGACGAUCCUGGAUCACAAUGCGCCGUGCUGUCACGACAGCACAGCUAUUGGGCUUGCAUCGACCGGGUCACUAUCGCUUCAAAAUCAUUAGCCAGCAGAAAGAUCUUGAUCCUGCGGUCAUGUGGGCCUGUGUGGUUUCCACAGAGCAAUUCUUAUGCUUGCUACUGGGUCUACCAACAAGCACCAGCGGUGCAAAUUUCACCAUACCCAGAGCAACGGGCACCCGUGUUGAGAGCGGCAACUUGCCUGUACUCAUUCCGGAUGUGGUGCGCAAGAUUAUCAAACGGAAUCAGAUUCAUAUCCCCCAGGAAGCGCUUGACAUAACUCAAGAGAUCGAUCAGGAACUCUUGAGGGUCACCGAGCAAUGGCCACCUGCGUUCUGGCGACCAUUGCAAUUUGCGGGUCUCAAAGUCAACUCGGCGGAUGCAUUCUGGGAAACUCGACGAGCUUGGGACCAUAUAUUUUAUUACUCUUUGGUCAACCAGCUUCAUCUGCCAUAUAUGUUAAACCCAAGGCAUGCCUCGCAGAGGGUGUACUCGAGAAUCGCCUGCGCAAACGCCAGCCGCGAGAUUCUACUCCGACAGAUUUCGAUUCGCACGUUCAAUCCGGUCACAGCUGGCUGUCGGAUGGGCGACUUUGUAGCCCUGAUUGCGGGCAUGACACUGAUGCUAGCUCACAUCUUGAGCCGCUGUAAUAAAGGUACCGAAAACCUACUCGUGCAUCAACGUGUUGGAGACCGGGCGACCGUGGAACGGGCUCUUGAGUGCAUGGAAUCUACGUUGGAGGUGCAUGAUCAUGUCCUCACCGCUAAAUGUGCUGCCCUUCUCAAGAAUUUGUUGGAUAUUGAGGCGGGUCCUGCAGAGAAGCGCUCGGGUCAUGGUCAAGAAGACAACCAAAACGUGUUGAUAGCCAAGGUGCCAUACGUUGGUGCCAUCAGAAUUGCGCGAGAUGGUAUUUCUAUUACGCCCUUGGACACAGAACAAGAGCAAGUUCCCCAUGAGGGUGUGACAAUUGGUGGCUUUGGAUCUAUCGAGGUCAGAACACCACACGACCCUGACAAUUAUACUGACGAUUUCACGGCUGAUGCUGCAGCCUCACGAGAAACCGCGCAUACAGUGAGACCAUCAUCAGCACGGAGGCACGGGGGACAACUUUCCCAGACCACGUCUGGAGAUGUUUUCGCACUGCCAGAAGAGACAUUCCCCGAUGCUUCCACAGGUAUGGAAGAAUGGCUUUUCCAAGGCCUUGACACUGCCUUCUUUGAUGUGCUGAUGAGCGGAGCUGGGGAGCAGCCGCUGAAUGGUAUUGACACUGAAGCAUGGAAUUUUACAAUGUCCCCAUGA